AUGCAGCAGAUCGACCCGGCCGCCUUGAGUCGGUCGGACUCGGCCUCAAAUCCGGCGAAGACUGCGGCGCCAAAUGCUUCGACUGCUGUCAAGUCGUCCAGAGCUCUCAUUUCCGUCCCGCGACUCGAUCUCGAACAUGCCUACACGGACCUGAAGGCCGCCAUCGGAGACAAGUGGGCCGAGUACAAGGAAGCCACUGCCUUCUUCUUACUAGGGCAUUAUAACCAGAAUGAAUACGCGUCGCGAGUCGACUGUAUCCUAUGCGCCGACCCCAAGACCGAGCAUCUACACAAUAAUUUCAUCUGCGCGAUCAUCGGGAACUUGACGCGAGACCUCCCCGAUCAUGGCGUCGCAAAUUGGGUCUCGGCGAAUGACAAGCCUUCGACGGUGUCCAAGCCCGUCUCGGGUGAUGCCGCCGAGCAGAGACUGAAGACGGAGGUCAUGCAAUUACCUCCUAGAGACCGUCGGAGAAUUAAGGGGAUUCCUGAGCGCGAUCCAAAUGAUGUCGUACCGAACGAACUGGAGGAAUAUCAUCUCGCAAAACAGAUCACGCUCCCGAGCCAGGUUCCCGCAAGCGCAGGCGGAUUAAACAAGACCAACUGGGAGUUGGAAAUACGAAAACGAUACGCGCAGCCCCUCGCCGCAGAAACAGGGGAGUUCCCCGACGCGGAAUCGAUUCAUGCCCGCAUGGUCCCCAUGUGUUACGAAGAAUCACUCCCCAGUGGCGCCGGUCUGCCCUGUGCUGAAUUUAUGGCCAUUGCGACGGAAACAUUCGUGAAGGAGGUUUUAUCUGCGGUGUUCUCUCGUACUCGGUCCAACGGUCCGUCGGGCACAAUCAACGGUAUGAUGAUGCGCAAUUAUAGAGAACAACUGGAGCGGGAAGAACUCGCCUUCACCCGCGGAGAAAUCGUCAAGGACACAGCAACUGGGCUGCUCCCCGUUGAAGCUCGGGAAGCAAGUACGCGACGAGCCCUUGGCGUUAGAGACCUACGGCUAACACUUGAGCUUGGCUCGGGCGUCCUUGGCCACAUGCCUCUGAUCAUUGAUCAGAUUAUGGGUGGCUAUCUGGAAGAUGAACUCGAAACCGAGAAGCAAGAUCGUCUCGAAAACGGGGUUAGUGAGCCUCGCGAAAUUAAGCCUGCCGAGGAUGAAAUGGAUAUUGAUGAUAUCGACGAUUCCUUUUCGGAUUGGGAGGGAGGUGCGGCUGCUGAUCGAGAGCAACUGGGCUGUUUACUCGACGAGUGUCUGUCCAUGGCAGCGUGA